AUAUCCCCCAAUGAAAGCCUGUAUGACGCCGUGUCGUCUCUGCUGAGAAUAAGAUCCACAGAACUGCCUGUGAUCGACCCUCUGACAGGGAACACUGCUCUAAUCCUCACUCACAAGAGGAUCCUCAAGUUCCUCAAGCUCUUUAUUCGAGAUGCGAAACCUGCUUUCUUAGGCCAGACUCUAGAGGAACUGGGCAUCGGAACAUUCCAUAAGAUUGCAGUGGUGCGUUCUGACACACCUCUUUACACAGCUGGCAUCUUCGUGGAGCAGAGAGUGUCUGCCCUGCCUGUCGUCGAUGACACAGGACGAGUGUGGACAUUUUACUCCAAAUUUGAUGUCAUUAACCUAGCUGCAGAGAAGACGUACAACAACCUGGAUGUGACUGUGACCAAAGCCCUGCAGCACCGCUCUCAGUAUUUUGAGGGAGUGCUCACCUGCAACACACACGACACACUGGAGUCCAUCAUCAACAGACUGGUAGAGGCAGAGGUGCACAGGCUGGUGGUGGUUGAUGAGCAGGAGGUGGUGAAGGGUAUCGUCUCUCUCUCAGACAUCCUCCAGGCACUGGUGCUCACUAAUGGAGACGGAGACAAGGGAACUGCUUGAGGGAGUGAUGAAGGGAAGCCUCCUCCAAAAAGAUGAGGAUAAAUAGAGAGGAGGAUCCUGGAGGAGAGGAAGAAAUAGGAGUGAUGUGGGAGAGGGAAAGAUAGGAAUCUGUCAACAUAACCCCUCCUGUACAAAUGUACGUCUUUGAACACGAGGAUCUCUUUCUGCACAAAAAUGUGAAUCCCAUUGACCUUCUCAAUUCAGCAAUAUAGACACAUACAGUACCAAGGGACACUUUAAACCAAGCCAAAACCAAACAAGAAGUGGCCAAURGAGUGUGGCUGUAUGUCCAUUGUCCACUCUGAGCGGCCCAACACAACCUAGUGUCCCUCUAUUGGUGCAGGUGAUGGACCGAUACAGUGCAGAAAUGAUGUCUAGUUAUGUGAAGGGGAUCAGUUAUCCACUUCUCAGACAGAUCCAUUCCCUACCCGUUAUCUCCCAUUUGGUCUGUAGACACUGGAGAGAGGAGUCGGUAACUUUCCACCCUGGCCCUUAACUGAGCAGCAUUCCUUUUCCCCCAUCAUCCUUAUAGGGCUGGAGUCUAUAAAGCACAACAAGCCAAUCAUGGAUCAAAAGAUCAUGUAUGUCACAGUGGAACUAUAUAUAUUAGUACUGGAAGCUACCACAGCAACUCUGCUGUUUUGGUUACAGUAGGUGAAGUCUGGAWUGUCCGAGUUGGCACUGCUGUAGAUGUAAUUMAUUUUAUUUCUAAUAUCGAUGCACAACCACUGAUUUAUGUUAUCACGAGUUGUUUCUGAUUUGCUGUUUGGCAUAGCAUACAUUUCACAAUGUUUUCUUAUUGCCUCUUCAGUUUGUAAAGUGUUAUGGUUUUGCUCAGUGUGUCCUUGUUUGAUUUGACACCCACAUUGUCUGACCCAGAAGACUGGAGACAUUUUUAUGGCAG